GCUUUCUUUGCUUUUUUUUUUUUUUUUCUGUAUCACAGAUUCUCUCCUUCCACCCUCUUCCAAGUCAAAGAAGAAGUUGAUAUGAAAUGGGAGAUGAUAGAAGGAAGAGGUCGUGGCACAUAUUCCUUUCCCCAUACUGCCCCACUUAUGAUUCCAGAUAUGGAGUGAGAUCAUAGGACAGCCCAACAACUCACAAGAUUUAUAAAGAGAACUACAGCUGCUUCAUAUUGAAAUCACAACCUUCUUACAAGAAGAAGAAAAAAAAAGGAUCAAAAUUCACACGAGUUUCAGUUUUCUGCAUCCCUCUGCCUGUCUCUCUUACACAACACCAAACAUGGAGGGUCUGCAAAAUAUGCAAAAUCAAGACAUGAACUUGGUUCUGUCAAUUGAUGCAAAGCCUAGGCUGAAGUGGAUUCCUGAACUCCAUCAAAGAUUUGUUGAUGCUGUCAAUCAACUAGGAGGGCCAGACAAAGCAACCCCAAAGAAUCUCAUGAGGGUCAUAGGAAUUUCUGGACUCACUUUGUACCAUCUCAAAAGCCAUUUACAGAAAUACAGGCUGGCAAAAAGCCAACAGACAGAAAUCUGCCUUAGCAAUAAACUAGAUGAUUGCACUGAGGUACAGAGCAGUAAUGGGGAUUUGAGCAGUGACACAAGUGAUGGAACUCACAAGCAGAUGGAUGAAAGCUUGCGGAUUGCUCAGGCUUUCCAAAUGCAGAUGGAAGUACAGAGAAAGCUUCAUGAACAGAUUGAGGUUCAGAGACAUUUACAGCUAAGAAUUGAAGCUCAAGGAAAUUACUUAAAAUCAGUAUUAAAGAAAGCACAAGAAAAACUGGCUGGGUAUACAUCAUCUUCUAUUGGUGAAGAACUUGCCAAAGUCGAACUCUCUCGACUAGUUUCAAUGGUUAACACUGGCUGCACAAGUUCUUCAUUUUCGGAAUUGACAGAGGUAGGAGGAUCAAGCUUAAAACAGACGGAAAGAAAGCCGAUGAGAAGUACUAUAUGUUCCAUGGAGAGCUCAUUGACGUCUUCUGAAAGCUCGGGAAGAAAGGACGACGAGGAGCCACCUAAUAACGAGAAUAUCUGUACCCAGAAAUCUAGUGCUUUUAUUGAACUUAACUUAAUGGACAUUCACCCCGUAAAGAAGCGUCGGAUUAGUGGCUCGAGCAAUCAAGUUAAUGGAAAGAAAAGGAGUGGCUCUAAUAUUUCUGAUGACAAAUGUGUUGAGCAGCCAGUAGCUAAAAGAUUAGAGCUUCCUGAAGAGGAAUCUGGUAGUCAAUUGAGGAAGUGUGGUUUGUUGGGGUCAUUUGAUCUCAAUAACCAAUACCAAAACGAUAUGGAAUUGGGUCCAAAAGCAAUAGACUUGAACAGCAGGGAAUAGAUCUGCUCUGUUAUGCUGCAUGAUCGUUAGUAAAUAUAAUGUAAGCUGGGAAGAUGCAAUCUUUGGUUUAUAGGCUAUGCAUAUUGUCAUAUGUAUUGAACUGCGACAACUUUUGAAAGGAUAUUUGAUACGGAAACAAGGUAUA